AUGCCUCGAAUUCGAGUGAUCCUCCAAACCUUGAAAGGUGAGGAAGGGUCUUGGUUCGCCACAACGCCGGAUGUGAAGGUGGCGGACGUGAAGAAGAAAGCAAGAGCAUUCGUAGAUGCGGCUUCAAAGGAGAAGCCUGACGAGCCAAUACAAACGGUCUUGAGCUACGGCUCGAAGAUCCUCAGCAACCCUGGGCUUGGCCUACUGGAAGCGACUGGGCACUCUGAGGAGCUCCAAGAGGAUCUAGAUUUGAACAUCCAGGUCUAUUGCCAAGAAGGGGAUCACGAGUGCUGCUUGUGCCACAAGAAAUUGCAGCAAGUAGAGGACUACUUUGAUGACCUUCCGCGAUGGAUCAUGCAAUGUGGAAAGAUGUGUGACCAACGAAUUUGCAAGGGAUGUUGGGAUGGGAAAAGGCAAUCCAAGUCCGAGAUAAUUUGUCCCAGGUGUGAGGGACCUGUUUCGGACAUCACAUCUGCGGACACGUGGGAAGUUGCUAGAAGCUCCAAUCUGAUCGAGGCUGAGGAAGCCCCAGAUGCCCAGCCUGAAGACGAGAGAUCUGAAAAUGCAUCCGCAACCACAAGUUACGGAGCUCGUGACUACCAGUUCGAAGCCUUCAAGGCAGUCUGUGAGAGGAAUCGGAUCAUUUGUUUACCAACAGGCACCGGCAAGACCUUAGUGGCGAUCAUGUUGAUCGAUCGCUUUCUCCGUCUAGAAGAUGGAAAGGAACUCAAGGAACCCAUUCCAGGAGCUUUCACAUGUUUCAUCGUCAACACAGUGGCCUUGGUCCAACAACAAGCUGCAGAGAUUCGCUCCAAGUCGGUCAUUGCGGACCUUCGGGUGGUUGAGUUAACGGGGGAGACGAUGACGGAGCGCACCCCUGAAAGGUGGCGGGAACUACGGAAGAAGCAGGUUCUGGUCACAACGGCCGAAGUCUUAAGGCAGGCUAUUGUUGAUCAUGGAUUCCUACAGUUAGAUGCUGACUGCAAGCUGUUGGUCUUUGACGAGGCACAUCACGCCAUCGGGAAGCAUCCUUUCGCACAAAUUUUGAAGAAGGUGGGAGAUCUCAACAAACGCCCACGACUGGUGGGCCUUACAGCAUGCUAUCUACAUGGAAAGUUUCGGUUCCCAGAGAAGAAGAAGAAGGAUUUGGAGCGGCUCUUCCUUGAAGGCAAUAUGUGGGUACCACAGGAUGAGCACAUCAAAGAUUACAAGCCAGCCUUUGACUUCGAGCGAAUCCACUUUGAAAAAACCUCCUUGGAACUUCUACCAGCAGACGACAGGCACAAGGAAUGCCUCGCACUUGCUCACAAAGCAACAAAGUGGCUUGAACGCAUGAAAGCCGUCUUGCCAGAAGAGUUGCCAGAGGACCUGCGCAAGCUGUUGGAUGACCGUGCCAAAAGAGGGGCCGAUGUCGUGGGCUUGCUGGGUGCAGAAGCAGGCGAGUGCUACUUCACCAAUUUCCUUCUUUGUCACGCCCAGUCUGAGCUGGAAAAAAAACAGGCAGUCUUUAUGAAAGGAAAGAACGCUUCAGUUUCCAGGCAAAAUGCAGCACCUUCAGGCGUUGCAGCGCAUCAUGUCGAAUGA